AAAAUUAAUUGUAUUUAUUGGUUUUGAAGUACUGUAUCCCGCUUUUUGAGGGUCGAGUAAGAGAAUAUUGAGGCGCAACUGGUAAAGGGGGGCGGUGUGACGCGUCAGUCCCGAGCGCUCAGAGCAUCAGUCCAGGAGCGCCACAGUGAGCGCCACCCAAACCCAGGAAUAAUCACAACUUUCAAAGAUGUUGCUCCGCUAUACAUGAAAGUAUUUUUCUCUUUUUAAUUUUCACUUCAUGGUGGAGUCCGCACACUUGAUCCUAUUGCAUCGUGGGAAUUCAUAUGAGGAUGAGGUGGGCUCAGUGUGAGAUCCCAGCGCUCUCCCGGGUGAACAUGUCUGCUCUCGGCGGCUCAUACACGCGGCGCUGGCUGCUCCUGUCCGUGUUUGUCUUGGCUCUCAUGCUGCCGGCGAGCAGCGGCUGUCCCAAAUCAUGCGCCUGCUAUGUUCCCGGAGAAGUGCACUGCACCUUCAGAUACCUCACCGCAAUACCUGAGCAGAUCCAGGCGUCUGUGGAACGCAUUAACAUGGGAUACAACAGGAUAACGGUAUUGAGAGAGGGCGACUUCACAGGACUUCUAAACUUGGAGCUUUUGAUGCUUCACAGCAAUACCAUCCAUUUGAUUGAAAACAGUGCAUUCCUGGACCUUAAAUCAUUACAGGUCCUCAAGAUGUCCUACAACAAGGUGAAGGAGCUCAAGAAGGAGACGUUCAAAGGUCUAGACUCCCUGCUGAGGCUGCACAUGGACCACAACAGCAUAGAGUUCAUCAGCCCCGACGCCUUCUUCGGCCUCACCAGCCUCCAGCUGGUCCACCUGGAGGGCAACCUGCUGCACCAGCUCCACCCGGACACCUUCGUCACCCUGAGGCUCAGCGGGGCCUUCAAGGUGUCCUCGGUGAGGAACAUCCACCUGUCGGACAACCACCUCACCGGCCUGCCCGCCGACAUCUUCAGCGGCUGCUCGCGGCUGGAGAACCUCUUCCUCCACGGGAACCCCUGGUCCUGUGACUGCCGCAUGGAGUGGCUCCCUAAGUGGUCCCAGAGGAACCCGGGUGUGCUGAAAUGUAAGCGUGACAAGAAGUACGCACAGGGCCAGCUGUGUCCCAUGUGUGCCAGCCCCGGGCCCCAUCCCGGCCGGUCCCUCUCCCAGCUCCCCAGCGAGUCCUUCACCUGCACCCAGCCCUGGAUCCAUCCCCACCUCAAGCAGAGCAACCUCAGCCUGGCCACCGGCGACUUCACCCCGGUCCUCCCUAGGGACUUCAUCGCCCCCAUCGGCUCUAUGCAGCUGAACCUCACCGACCAUUUCUUCAACGUGGCCGUUCUGUCCUGCACCGUGCAGAGGCCCUCGUCCAUGGAGAACCUGACCCUCACCGAGGAGGACGACGACGUCAGCCUUCUCAGAGUCGACGUGGCCUCCUCGCUGGUGUGCAACGUGGACUACGAACAUGUGCAGCAGCUGUGGCACAUCCUGGCCACCUACAGCGACUCUCCCAUGAGGCUGGAGAGAGGCCUGAUGCUGUCCCGGAGCCCAGAGAUGCUGUAUCAGUACCGGCAGCUCAGACCGGAGGAAGGCCAGGAGGGGAUCUACACCGACAUUAAGGCCGUGAUCACGGCUUCCCCGGGGUGGUUGAUGCAGGAGAUGGUACACCUCCAGCUCGACCGAACCACCACUACCUACUCCACCUUGCACAUACGGUACUGGUCCGUGGUGCACCUCCGCGUGGAGAGCAGAGUGCCCAAGAAGGAUCGCUACAGCUGGACCCUGAUCAAACGGGACAACAAGACGAGAACCGAGCACACCGUACUCAAAGGUGGUGUAGCAGAGCUGAACUGCCAGACCAUGGGCGAGCCAAAGCCUUCUGUCGAAUGGAUAUUAGCAGACGGCAAUAAGGUCAGAGCUCCUUUCUUCAGCGAGGAGGGAAAGAUUGUCAUCACAGCUGACGGGAGGCUCACUUUGCGUGGUGCCGACAUAUCCGACGCUGGCCUCUACCGCUGCAUCGCCACCAACUACCUGGACGCAGACAUUCUCAACUUCAGAAUCACAGUGCUGCCCACAGACGUGGAGGAAGCCGAGGUCAAUGGGGUCCAGCUCUCUAGAGCCCCGGGUCAAGAUCUGGUCCUGGACUGCGGCUCCACAGGCAGCCCGGAGGCCUCCGUUCAGUGGAUUCUACCAGAUCACUCUGUGAUCCGAGAGUCUUAUGGGAACAAGAAACUACAUGAGAACGGGACUUUGAGGAUUCGUGGUCUCACCGCGAGGGACCGGGGCUUCUACAGGUGCCUGGCUGCUAACUACAUGGGAGCUGAUCUGCUGGUCUCACUGGUGACCCUAACAGCGGAAGCUGCAGGGGGAGUAGCAGAGGAUGAAGAGCCAACGUUGGGUGUGGAUGUUAUGGUUGAGUCUGACACUGGGGAAAAGGAGCUGGAUCUGAGUGAGCCCCCUCCCCUAUCUGAAAGAACUAGUCAGGAGUCUAGGACUAUCACCUCGGACCGGCCCUACCCCAGGCUUGGGUCUCUAGGUCGGGGUAGAAUGGGUCUAAGGCGGAAUGGCGCGAUGGGAAACAGACGCAUCUGGAGCAACAGGAUCUUUAAUGCAAACAGCAGGAGAGUUGCCCCAGAGAAAUUUGCUGAAUUUAUGAAGAAGGCCCAAGGUGCAUCAAAACAAAGAGACACAGGUCUUUCUGGAAAUGGGGAAACAGGCUCUGGUGAGGGUUUUAACGAAGUGAUUUUACCAGAUUCAGUUACAUAUUCGACAGACAGCCCUCAAUUAGAUUCAACUUUGUUAACGGCAAGGCAACAGGAAUACAGCACCUACCCUGACACUGUGAUAAAGACACAGAACAGUGAGUAUAAUGGUUUAGCGAGCGCUCAGACCGAUGGCAUGAAAACAACAGAGUCAUACACACAGUCACAUCUUGUGACGCCUAUGGACUCAGCAUUUACAGAUAGUCCUGAGAGGUUGAAUGAACUCCAAAGUGAUGCAGCCACCCCACAGGACACUGUAUUGGAAAAAAGUGUAACAGCUGGUAAUUGGAUCAUACCAAGGGAAUUCUCCACUGAUGGAUCUACCAAAAUAAACCAAGAUCCAUCCGUGUUCCAUUCGGAUAGUGCUGUGGCUGACAACUCAGAGGAAACGGAGUUGACAUUCUCAGGGGAAAACCCUGCAGAGCCUGAGACCUCUACCAGAAGGGGUCUCUCUUUUGUCACAGAGCCCAACGUUACUCCAAUGACGGAUGGAGCAGGGCCGGCCAAUCCCGUUGUUCACACUUCCACGGAUGCAGAGAGCCAGACCACUUUCACAGCGGUUACCAUCACGGAGAGAGGUCAGGAUGAAGUUACUUUCCACACCACCCAAAAAAUCACAUCCCCGGGGCUACCAGCAGGAUCCACCAUCAUCUCCCAUCAGCAGAUUCACAUCAUUCCACCGCCAAAGACCGGCAGAGGAGGAGGAAGAGGAGGAGGUCGCCGAAGACCCUUCCAAGGACGUAGGAGGAUCAUCAAACCUAAUAGGAUCACUGACAUACAAUCCUACAUUAAUAAACUCACACUACCUACAAUAAAGAAAGAACGGAAUGUUACAGUGGGCUACACUGUGCAACUUGUAACAGACCUCAGUCGUGAUGCGAAAGAGAAGACGACAACAACAGAGAUACCAAAUGUGGCCAUAUCACCAAUAUCCAUGGGUUCCCAUUGGAGCAAAUCAGAUAUUCCUCUCUCUGCACGACAUACCACAGCUACAACAAAGUAUUACACUACUAAAGCCCUACUUAGCAACAGCCAGUCUGGUCCUGGAUAUUCACGUGACUACAUUACCUCUGCAGAUGCCCCUGAGCGUACCUUUACCCCUGAUCCAUUAAUGUCCACAAGCGAAGAAGCAAUCUCUUCAACAACCCCCAUUCCUACUAAGGCUGUACAAAAACGAUUCCAGUGGCACAGGCGGUUUGGUCACAAGGGGAAAUACAGGCAGAGGCUGAACAGAUUCCAGAGACCAUCCAUCAAGACACAGACAACGACCACAGUGAAAACCACUACAAUGAUCCCAACCACCACCCCUGCUUCUCCUGCAACCACCAUGUAUCUGAUUCACUCCAGAUACACUACAAGCAGAGAAAGCUCCUCAGAUAAUGGCUAUCAAGAUGUAUCCUCUGCUGAUUAUGAGCCUACGACGGCGUCACCUAUCUCACACUAUCAAACUAGUACAAUUCCAACAUUCAACACUUUCACCAAUACUCAGACAUCACCACCAAUCCAAACUAUUGAUUCCCCACCUACAGUCAGUCCACCUUCAAGGGCAAAUCCUGAUGAGUCCUCUGGGUCAGGGGGCUACCCUGAGGACUGGCGUGUGAUCAAACAGAAGCCUAAAGGAGCAGGAGGACGUAUUGGCAGAAGGAGGAAGCCCAUAAACGGAAGAAGGCCCUUCAGGAAACCUACAACUACUACGGCAGCUCCCACCACAACACAGGCAACAACUAAUUUAAAACCCACCAUUUACACCACCAUGAGAACCCUGAUGAAGACAACUGUAUUGCCAUUCUCCGUCUCCACACCUCUCUACACUCCAUCCAGGGAAUAUGAUGGUUCUACUGGGAUGGCAUCUUCAGAAGAGCAAACAAACGUAUAUGGAGAAGAUAAGUGGCAUGACUCGACCUAUACUACUCCUCAAACCAAGACUAUGACCAAAGGCCCCUGGGCAACCAUACCCAAACCUUCAUCCACUGUCAUCACAAUUAGGACUACAAAGAACCCAGCCACUACAUUUAGGACCACAGUCUACAGCAACAUCAAACCAGCCAAGGGGAACAGGUAUCAGCCAACAGCAAUGCCAAUCAGGCCGACAAUGAGAAGCAAUUCAGGGAUACCCGUCGACUUUGACACAUUUGCCAUAACCACACCCGAGCAAGAGUAUCCCACAACAGCAACAACAGUGGUUGUGGAUCUCACCACUGCCAAGAAUAUGCAAAGCAAGCCCAAGAUACUCGGUGGUAAUGCAGCUAGUUUCACGGUGCUGUCCAACUCUGAUGCUUUCCUGCCCUGUGAGGCAGUGGGAGACCCUGAGCCAGCCAUCAGGUGGAUGCGCUUCUCAACAAGUACAGGACACACAAUUACCAUCAAGGGAAAGAUGGGCAAGUUUGAAGUCUUAAGCAAUGGCACCCUGGCCAUCCAAAAUGCCAACAUUAAGGACCGUGGUCAAUACCUAUGUCUUGCUGAGAAUGAUCUGGGCUCAGACAAAUUGUUAAUAACCCUCUCGGUGGUAGCAUACCCCUCGCGCAUCCUGGAGCCAAAGAUCCGGGAGAUUAAGUCUCAUGCUGGAAGCACUGUGGAAAUGAAAUGCAAGGCAGAGGGCCGUCCCACGCCUCUGAUAUCCUGGAUUCUCGCCAACCGGACACAGGUGAGGGGUUACAUCUCAGGGAAGGGGAGGGCUUCCGUGACACCCGAGGGCACCCUGAUCAUCGAACAGGUGUCAGUUUAUGAUAGAGGUCAUUACAAAUGCAUCGCUAGCAACCCAGCUGGAGCCGCAACCGCAACGGUCCGACUGCAGGUGGUGUCGGCUCCCCCUGGCAUCCUGCAGGAGAAACGGGAGAAUGUGAAAGCUGUUAUGGGCCAGAGUCUGUGGUUGCCAUGCACGGGCCAAGGCAACCCCCCACCGACCCUUCACUGGGUCCAACCGGAUGGCUCGGCCGUGCAGACAAACAGGCCCGCUCCGGAUCCCAGAGUGGCAAUGUACGACAAUGGUACCCUCUACUUUAAGGUUUUGGCUUUAACAGACAACGGGAAAUACGAAUGCAUCGCGACGAGUUCCACAGGAUCAGAGAGGAGGGUGGUGACAGUGACGGUGGAGAAACGGGAUUCAGCGCCUCGGAUAGUGGAGACGUCCCAACUCAUGACGGAGAUGUCCUUCGGGGAUCAGCUAAGGUUGAACUGUAUGGCAACAGGGGAACCCAAACCCAGGAUUAUGUGGAGACUACCUUCUAAAGCCGUGGUGGAUCAGUGGCAUAGGAUGGGCAGCAGAAUCCAUGUGGAGGAAGACGGGACUCUGAUUGUGAACAUGGUGAACGACAAAGAUGCAGGGGACUACCUUUGUGUGGCGCGCAGCAAGAUGGGCGACGAGUUCCGGCUCAUGAAGGUCACUGUGUCCAUGCAGCCCGCUAAGAUCGAACCAAAGCACUACGGCAAGAAGCAGGUCCCCUUCGGUAGAGACCUCAAGGUGGACUGCAAGGCCUCGGGGUCUCCCCAGCCCGACAUCUCAUGGGGUCUUCCAGACGGCACGCUGGUCAACAGUGCAAUGCAGUCCGACAGCAGCAGCGGCAACAAUGGCGGCCGCAGAACACGCCGCUUUGUCCUGUUUGAUAACGGGACCCUCUACUUAAAUCAGGUCGGUAUUUCGGAGGAAGGCGACUACACCUGUUAUGCAGAGAACCAAGUCGGCAAGGAUGAAAUGCAUGUGCACAUCACCGUGGUGACAGCCGCUCCAAGGAUUCGUCCCCCGAGGCUGACCUAUGGCAAGGUGAAGCCUGGAGGCAACGUCCGUUUUGACUGUGAGGCGGUGGGGGAGCCCAAACCUAAGAUUCUUUGGAUGUUACCCAACAACGACGUGAUUGCAGCGUCUCAUGAGCGCUACCUGAUGCAUGUGAACGGCUCCCUGGAUAUAAGAGACGUAAAGAUGAUGGACGUAGGCCAGUAUGUCUGUAUGGCUCGCAACCCCGUCGGCGAAAACAGGAAGGUGUACAGAUUGGAGCUGGACGGCAACCCGCCGGUGAUAAAUGGCUAUCGGCAGAACAGGACAGUGAUCAAGGACGCAGCGGUAAAGUAUUCCAGGAAGUUUAUAGACUGCAAGGCUGAGGGAACGCCGUCGCCAUCAAUCACCUGGAUCAUGCCGGACAACAUUUUCCUGAAGGCUCCAUAUUUCGGAAGCAGGAUCAAUGUCCAUCAUAACGGGACGCUAGAGUUUCGAAACGUGAGGCCAACCGACACUGCAGAGUACAUCUGCAUGGCGAGGAACGGCGAGGGAGAAGCGGUCAUGGUCGUACAGCUGGAAGUGACCAGCAUGUUGAGGAGACCAAUCUUUAGAAACCCCUUUAAUGAGCGCGUCGUCACCCGGUUGGGGAAGACUGCGGUGUUGAACUGCUCUGCAGACGGAUAUCCCACACCCGAGAUGAUAUGGAUCCUGGCAAACGGGACACGGAUUACCGCUGGGCCUGAACGCGGAUACAGGCAUCACCUUGGCAGCGAUGGGACUUUUAUGAUCUACAACUCUGUAAAAGAGGAUAGCGGGAAGUACCGCUGUGCUGCAAAGAACACUGUGGGCUACAUUGAGAAGCUCAUUCUCUUGGAGGUAGGCCAGAAACCUUACAUUCUCUCCAGGCCAAGGGGCAUCAUACGCGCUGUUUCUGGGGAACCUCUGUUCGUCCACUGCCUGGUCGACGGCAGCCCCAGACCCAGCGUCUCCUGGACCGUCCCAGGAGGACACACUCUGACCGGCACGCAAGCCCUCGGACGCUACAGGCUGCUGGAGAAUGGGACCUUGGUGGUGCGCGACACGACAAUUUACGACAGAGGAACCUAUGUGUGCAGAGCGCAGAACGACGCAGGCGAAGCCGUUCUUAAGGUCCCUGUCAUCAUCAUCGCAUACACUCCCCGCAUCACGACCUGGCCACCGCCUAAUGUGAGGGCGAUGGUGGGAGCACCGGUCCAGCUCAGCUGCGGUGCCAUCGGGAUCCCCAAACCGGAGAUCAACUGGGAGCUGCCGGACGGGUCGGUUCUGUCUGCAGCGGGGCCGGGCCGCCCCAAGGGCAGCGAGUUGCUCCACCCUCAGGGAACACUGAUCAUCCAGAGACCCAUGGUCUCAGACUCUGGUGCAUACAAGUGCAUCGCAAAGAAUCAACUGGGCACAGACACAAAGCUAACGUAUGUACGCGUGCUGUGAGAGAGAGACAUGUGGACAGCGUUGCAUCAGGUUGAUGGCAACAUGACAUCAGACCCCUAAUAGGAUGAUCACAGUUUGUGCAAAGACUUUAAAUGGAACGUGGAAAAAUAGAGACGGGGGCUAGGGAUAUCAUGGAUGAUUUGAUGUUUCAAUUGUUGAAUAUAUGAAGUCCCAUCAUAGCGUUGUCUUAGUGAAGCAUGAAAUAUCUAAGUUCAGAACAAAACAGGGGAUAUAGAAGAUAUAGGCUUGAGUGUGUCUGUUUUCAGAGUAAAUCCGGCACAGUAGUGGCAAGUGGGGCCCAUAAAGAGGGGGAGCUGUCAGUUACCUUAUUGCAGAUGGGGGUAAUAUUGAAGCUAUGGGCAGCAGCAUGGGGUGCCACAGGAUGCUUUAAAUUGAGAAAUUCUCUGUGGGGUUGGACCGCCCACUGACAUUAGCAAAAUAUUUAUAUUUUCAUCUCACAUUGAGUGACAGCUGUUUUUUUAAGAACACUAUCCAAAAAUUGUAUCUUUCUCAAUUUAAAGAUAACUUUUAAAAACGUUUUAAAACAUGUUUGUACACUGGAGAACUUACAUACCAACAUUACAUGCAAAAUCUUCAUCUACUCCUCUUCUAUAUCAUCAUUUAGGUCUUUAUAAGGGAAACAUUAUUCAAUGAAACACAGAACUAUUGUGUUAGACAGAAUAAAGUAAGAGGAUACUGUUAUUAAGUAAAAAUGCAGUAAAUGUACAUUAUGUAUCAAGAAGUUUGAAUAAAAACUAGAAUUAGAGGAGAAAAACAAAAUGAGCCCUUCUGUUGUAUUUCCCAACUUAUUGCUUUGAAAUACCAACCAUUCAAAAGGUUAAUGCAUAUGUUUAACGUAUAGACUAGGUAUUACUGUUGUUUGGUGGAAAGACGUCUGAGAUACGUCAAUACAGAUCUGUAUGUGUGGUGUAUAUAGGUGUGGAUCAACCCAGUGGGUCCUUGAGAGAAAGCGAGAGCUGCUGAUCCUCUCUGAAGGUAAACUUCAACUCCAGCUGUGAAAACAGCUCCCGUCGAACCCUCCCUGCCAUGUGGCAAAUCCAACAGAGAGCUUCUGAUACGGUCUGCGAUAGUUUGUUUUUUUGCGGCCGGGGGAUGUGGAUGUGAUAUCGGAAGAAGAAGGAGAAGCUGGUGAAGUGUUUUGACAUGAAACAACACAAUGUGCGAGGUUUCAUACUGCUGUUCUGCGUCUUUUAAGUCUCUGGUUUGGUAUUGACACAAGAUAAAUAUACCAAAAAAACAAUGGCUUUAGAUGGAUGGAAAAAGCCAAUAAAGAACAAACUGCCGUUUUCUUUGCUCUAGAAAAUAAAUAAUAUAUUCGCUUACAGAUCCCAACUUAAGAAUUGGCUUCAGUUGCCACAUUAACUUUGAUUGGCGCUAAUUUUUAACAAAAAUGCGCGGUAGCUUUAAGAACAAGUGGGAACCAUUUCUUUGCAAAUUGCUGCAAUUCACUGAGAUCCCCUAUAAUGAUACACACUUAGGAAAACUUCUGGGUUCCUGUUGACUUUGAGACUUUACCUCAUCGCUAAUGCUGCCAGUUAAACUGAAAAAGGACCAGAGUACUAAACCAACCAAGUAACAAGUAGCUUUGAGAUGGAAUAGUGCUUACAAUAUUGAAUCCAUUCGGAAGUGCACUUCCGAAUGGUAAGGUUCCAUCUUCAAAUAUAUCCUUGUGGUCAGAGACAUUGGACCAUUUUUUAAACCACUUAAAUGUUCCAGACAGUAUAAGAAGCAUACGAAAAAGGAAGGAAUUCUGUUCCAUAAACAUAAGAAUGCAGUGUAAUUCCCUGGUAUUUGAUGAACACCACUUGUUGGAUGUGUGACCAAUGUUCAGUCAAACAUAUGGUGACCACAACACUAAAGGGAAGGGAGAGAUGCUGUACAGUUCCUAACAGGAAUAUCUUUCUGCUAACUUCAUUUGAAAAAUAUCCAAAUUGAUCACAAUCCCUGGUUUGGUAGAUUUAUUCAGUACUGCUCUUGAAGGGUAACCGUCAUGCGCACUAGUUUUUAAUAUAAGAGAAGAUUGGGUUUAUAUUUUCAGUUCCGCUCUUGAAAGGAACCAGUCACGCUUUUACUUUGUAAUAUAAAAGAAGAUUUGGUAGAUAUAUCCAGUUCUGCUCUUAAAGAUUACUUUGUUAUAAAAGAGAGUGCUGCUCUGUUUUGUACACUUCAGCCAGGGGGACCUGGCCAAAAGGGCAGCACAGCAUGGGGUAAAACACAACACAAAACAAACAACUCAUUCAUACGCAUGUUGUGUGAAAUAAAUAAACUUACAAAUAUAUAUAA